GCCGCCUGGCAGCAGAUUGCGUUUGUCCGCGGGCAGAGAAGGAGCUCUCCACUUAUUCUGGAAUACGCGUGUGGGCCAUCCGUGUUGUGCGUUUCGUUCCGAGGGUUUUUUUUUUCUCGAGCUAUGGCCAUGCCGUCGGAUUGCUGCUGAUUUUUAUUGAAGUUUUUCGGUCUGGAACAAGCGAUUCUGGCAGCUGAUCGUUAGCAGAACGGUCUCGAUGGAGUGAAUAAUUAAGUUGGGCCUAGGGUUAAACGAAAAACAAACAGUCAAGUUUUGCUUUUUUCGCUAGCGAAAAAGUGUACGAAAAUUGUGUAAGUGCCUGGUGGAUUAGAAGCUGGUCAACCUAACUGUGAAUGAUUGAUGAGUUCCGCCAUCGAUGGGAAUGGUUAGAUACAUCCGCAGAAGUGACCAACAGUUCGGUUUGAGAGUGCAGUGAUUGUAUCGGGGUGAUUAAAGAGCUUCUUCGUCCGGUGGAACAAAGUUCGGAAAAGUGCGUAUCGAAAGAAAGAGAGUGAUCCUUUCAAAGUUUUUGGAAGCGUUACGUUAAGUGGUUCGACCGGGGAAAACGCUGCUAUGCCCGAUAUUGCAUUCCGUCUCCGAGUUUUUCGCCAUCGAUGCUCGGGAAGCAAUGGCACCCAACUCGGCUCGAAGAAGCUGUGAACCUCGGAACGGAGCAAUAAUGUUGUGUCGGUGAACGGAAUUCGUGGGAGAUUUGUUUUGCUGCCAGAAAGUUUAGUAAUAGCUUUUAUUUCUCGGAACUUGCCUUCCCGGUUGCUGCCAUUUUGGGUUUGGCUAUUUGUGUUAGGUUGGCCAAGAUUCGUGUUGGCAUGUGCGGCUCAAUUUUGGCGAGUUCCAAAAGCGGAUGGUAGCAACAAUGAAUGAGUUAUGGAGAAAAUGGUAAUUAAUGCUACAUCAAAGUGAAAGUGCUCAUCAUAGGAAAAACUGAUGAAUAUCUCUAUCCCGGAGCGAGUUUUUGGAUUCGGUUCGUUAGCUGACUCUUCUUUCCGGUUUCACAUUAGUUGGAUUAGGUUGGGAUAAAUAAAGUGGUGGUUUGAAAUUUGAAUGGAUACACGUGGGGUUACUCGAUUGAAACCCAAAAUAAAAAACCGCAGACGAUUUUGGUUCUGAUUGAUGUGCGACCGAUUCCGGCAAUUGAAUCGGAACUAAUCGGAUUCUGUGGGUUUUUCGGAUAAAGUGUCGGAAGCCAUUAAAAUGCAUAUAACGUUGGGGCGCCAAUUUAACUGUGGGUCUGUUUUGGAAGUACGCUGAAUGGGCCAGCCAUCAGGAUAAAGCCCCGACUGUUCUGGGAAUGAAAUUGGACACGCGUUUCGAUGGAAUGCCUGCAGCAAUUCAUUGGAGAGUAGCUACAGACGAUUGUGAUUUCGAUUGAGCGGAGCUCGUACAAGGUUUUAAGCUGAAGUACGCAUUAUCAGACAGAGCAGCAGUGAUUCAAUUCGAUCAAUUUCCAGUGAAAUUUUCGAAAGAGCUGGCAAUCGGGCCAAUGCCGGUUGGAAAUGUUUCCUAUCACCAUCGCAGAAAAUACAAUCCCCAGAUACCACCGGAUUACCAGUCACGAAUAUUUUUCGGUGAUUAUACACGUGAAGCUCGCCCGAGUGGGGGUAGCAAAACGUCCCAGUCCCAGCAGCAGUUGCAGCUGCUAAACGGAAGCGGGGGUGGCGGUUCAAGUGGAGGGAACAGUGGCGCCGUCGUUGGUGGGGGCGGCCUGUGUGGUGCGGCGCCGGGGGAAGAAUUAUACUCGAUAUCGGGGUCGUCCUGUUCGUCGUCGUCGGCUGCAGCACAGGACACGUGUAAUAGCAACAACGUGACCGUUGCAGGUACCAGAAGUGGGGGUCCCGGGGGGUGCAGUGCCAGUGGUGUUUCGGGUCAUUCUUUGAGUGUGGGUGGUGUCAAUAACUAUAUUGUCGCCGGAGGAGGAGGAGGAGGAGCCAGCCAUAACGGUAAUGGAACGAGCUCGCCGGUUGCACCCCUGCAGCUAAGUUCCGUUUCCACGGUGCAGCAUCAGCAGCAUAUUGUGGCAGGUGGCGCCCUCAUCAACCACAACAGCAACAACAACAACAUCAGUAGCGGAACAGGAUUAGCUUCCGCCGUUAGUGGACCGAACACGGGUUUGUCGGGUGCAUCUUCUGAUGGCAGUCUGGGCAAUAAUAAUAAUUGUAGUGGAAUUGGUAGCUGCAAUAGUAACAACAAUAAUGAGGAUUGUGAACAUCGCCACAAUUCACCAGAUCUUAGCUCGAGAACGAGUAGUUUCACGAUAGGAAACGGCCUGGACCAUCAUCAUCAUCAGCAGCAGCAGCAGCAGCAGCAACAACAACAACAUCAGCAAGGAACCCUUUCCCGGCAACUUCAGCAACAGCAGCAGCCGACGCAUCAGCAGCUACAACAAUCAUCGAGUUUAUCAAGUAGUAAUAGUCUAAUUAGUAACAAUAAUCAAAUUAGAGAUAGGGAUAGCACUAAUUACGUGACCGCAGCAUCGGCGGCUUUAGGCGGCGGCUCAUCCGGAACAAGUGGGAUUGCGGGCGGGGGCGGCAUUGGUGGUGCAACGACGAGUGGCAAUCUGAUCGGGGCAGGAAACGGAAACGGAGGCAGCAGCAGCACCACCCAUCACCACCUGAACCUUGGGUCGGUGUCAGCCACGAUGACCACUUCAACGGCUAUUUCGCCCCCGCGGCCAAUGCAGAAGGUGAUCCCGACGGUGGUCUACCUGAUGUCCCGCAUCGCUGUACAUAUGGAGAUCGAGGGAACCGCACAAUGCCCGGCCCAGGUCAUGCUGGCCGCGGCACUCGGCUGUGAAGAACUAGGAAUUACCAAUAAGCUGCUGGCCCAGAGCGUAUUCGGCCUCUGGAUGACCAGCCCGUUGCUGGAGGUUCAGCUGAAACCGCACCACAGGCCCUAUGCGGUCCGGGUCGCCUGGUCCAAGCUGCUGGACAAGCACAGUCACGGGAACGAGCUGGAGAAGCUGUCGGACGAACCGAUGACCAUGCUAAGGAGGAAUGUGUUCUUCGGCAAGCGGGACGAGGAGAAGAUUAAGGACCCUCGGAUAUUGGAGCUGCUGUACGAAGAAGCUCGACACAACGUACUAAUGGGUCGGUACGUGAUGGAGUCAUCUCACUCGAUCAUGCUCGGAGGAAUUCAGGCGAGGAUAGAGCUGGGCCCGUACAAUUCGCAUACCCACACAACGAGCUACUUCAGAGAAAAUCAGUUCCGCUUCCUACCGGCUCACGUGGCCAAGAGUACGAGUUGGUCGUGGCUUCCAAUAAGCCGGCGAACGUCGGCCGAAGUAAGACUGCUAGAACAAUACAAACGGGUACCGACGACGGCGACGACCAAGAAGCUUAUGCGGAAGUAUCUCGAGUUCUGCUGGGGGCUGCCGUUCUAUGGGUCUGCCUAUUUCCACGGUCAGGUGGAACAACCGGUCCGGGGUUUGAUGAGCUUGAUGCAACAGAAGGACCUUCCAGUACUGAUAGCGGUAAACGAACGUGGAGUCUAUGUGAUAGAUCAGAUUGAAUGCACUCUGCUACUAGGACUGAAGUACGAGGAGCUGUCCUGGGAUUUUGCCAAACCGAGCAACGUAAACGAUCCGGACUGUUUGCCGUGCAUAUUUGUGCAGUUCGGAGCCGUCGAGAAUGGAAUAGCGGUGACGAAGUUGAUGCAGAUUUUCACACGACAAGCAGCCAUGAUAGACGCCUUAAUAACGCACUUUAUCGAGCAGGCCAAACGGCGGAAAGAGAGCGGGGAGCAGGAUCCGGCGGCCGCUCAGGUGCCGGGAGUUGCGGCUGCCGGUGCCGCCAACGUUGCCGAGAAUCAGUAUGAAGAUCUUAAUCCUAUUGCCAACAAUGGAGUCGGAGUGCUCAGCAACAAGUUGUCCCGGCUAACACUGGCAACAUUCGACGACGAAGGACGCUGCAUUGGCCAGUCGGGUUCACUCUCGAUCAGCUAUUAACAUUUAAUCCUCGUCUAAGCGGUUUUGAGGAUUCAUUAUCGUCGUCGCCAUCGUAGUCUUCUUCUUAGUCGUGCGAUGGCUGUAUACUGAGAGCUCCAACGGAUAGGCAUAACGAUAGUCGAGCGGCGUGUGACUACGUGAUUGAGCACUUCGGGAUUCAUCGCUCUUCCUUCGUUUCCAAUAAUUACGGAAAUCUGGACUGGAGGCGAUUAACUGGGAGGUGAUUGUUUUGUUAUCAGCUAAACGAUGCCAACACUAGCAAAAUCUAAACAAUUUGUGAAUGUUUAAACCAAACGGAAACCAAUCUUUUACUUGAGGAUAGCCUCGUGAUAUAACUCUUGUGGACUUCAAAGUUGAGGUUGGUUCAACUAAGGUCGCUGCACGAAUUUAUCUGUAAAUAGGCGUUAUCGGAGUCGAGUUUACUUAUAUUCACUUUUCCCAAGCGGAAUCCCAAACGAGCAAAAUACAAGUAACAACACUACACUCUUAUACUAAACUAGUUCAAAUUUUCACCAACAUUAAACUCUAAACACUAAACACGCUCCCGAAUUCCGCAAAAAAUCUCAUUCAUCGAUAUGAUUGAGAAACCCUUGUAUAGCAAAUACAAACUCCCAAAAUCAAACAUGAAACCCCCAACGCGUUCCUUUGUGUAUAACAAUUUUCCUCAACAAUAUUAAGAAGCCACACGCAACCAAAACCCUAGUAUAAAUCUUAUAAACCAAUCAAAAAGGACACUCUGAUACCACACAUACUAAGAAUACUCACAAAUGGUCACGACCACACCGAAACCAGAAACAAACAAAAACACCACGAAACAGAUACGACUCGAAAAAUUCUGGCUUAUCCGGCAAAAACCUACCAACAACUCAAAUAAAACAGAAAACGACUUUAAAUUAAGCAACAGCAACCACACACACAAACACGUACAUUCACCCAUAAAGUGGUCAAAUAAUUUUGAUAAGUUCAAUUUAAUAAGGGAAAUAUACCAGAAUGAAUAUGUAAGUCUACCUUAUAUAUACCGGAUAAGAUAAAUAUAUAUUUAGAUAUUUUAUACUUAAACAAUGGGGAACCACGUGAGAGAGCUAAUGAGAACAAUCGAUGCCAGCGGGAGAGAAACAUUCGGAAUCUCCUCUAAAACGGCUGUUUAGUAGUGAUGAUGUAGACGGGGCGAAUUGUUUCGGUUGCAGCUGAAUCCAAUCGUACUCGAGGAGACGACUAACCAAAGGAAUGGAACCAAAGGAGUUGAGCAGGAAGUAGCAGUGUUGGCGAGAGGUUAAAAUCCAUGGAAAAAAAUAAUGCAACCAAAAAUGAUGGGUUCAAAUGAUAUCAAUAAUGUAAACUAUAUGGGGAAGGGGGAAAAAUGGAGGGAGCUAGCGGUUUGCUGCGGCCCGGGAAAGUGAAACAAUACAAAAUAGACAAGAUGAAAGUAUAUAAUUCGACAACCAAGUAGUUUGAAAGGUAUGGAAGAUGAUUAAUUUUGAAUAAAAAAUAAC